UCUGUACUGUAUUUGUACUUCAAUUUAAUUUUUAUUUAUAAAAUUCAAACGAGACCCGUUUAGCUAGAACUGUUAAUGUUAUUGUGUCGCCGUGUUGAUAUUUCUCGAAGCUGUCAACUGGCUUCAAAGGAUCGUCUGAGAUAACGUCGUGAGACGCGUGUGGCAGCGGUGCAGAGCCGGCUAUUCGCACCAUCCACCCUUCAUCAAGACCACCGGCAUCAUGAAACCACGCGAUGACUACAGGAACGGCGAUGGCGGAGCAACUUCAUCGGCGUCCCGUUCUGAUGACAGUGAUGGCGAGGAGGCCAGCGCACUGGAGCAAGAACUCCAAUUGGAUGACCCAGAUGCGCCUGCGCGAACGCUCGCCGCACUCAACGCGCUGCGAAAAGCCCGACAGCAUUAUGACGUUCUACUUGCGGCGGCAGGCGAAGAGGUAGCUGCACACCGCGCAGUAUUGGCUGCCGUUUCUCCGUGCCUGCUCGCUAUGUUCGGCGAACCACCUCCCACUGCCGCGCCUGUAACGUUACGCGUACCCGGCGUAGACGCGGACGCGUUACGCGAGCUCGUCGAGUACGCUUACACGGGAAAGUUGCGAGUACGCGACACGGCGGCCGCACGGCGCGUUUACUGCGCGGCUACAAAGUUGCGUGUGGAGCCUGUAAGAGCUCAUCUCGCUGAACGUCUGCUACGACAUCUAACGCCGAGCGAUUGUCUUGCGUUGCGCUCGCUGCCCGAACUCGCGCCACAACACCGCACUCAGCUCGACGCGUAUAUUGCCGAGAAUUUCGACGAAAUUUGUUCGAGCGGCGCACUCGCUGCAUUACCUCUGAUCCGCAUUGAGCUGUUACGCGAGACGAGCGCUGAAGGCGGGGAGGAGGCCCCAGCCGCCGUGGCUGAUGCAGCCCUCGCCUGGUUGCGUGACCAUCACGCUGCGGACAUUGAUUUGGACGAAUUAUGUUCGCGCACACACUUGCUGUUCGUCGAUGGUUCAGGGGCGUUACGGGACUGCGGGGAGCUGCCAGCUGCGAGUGGGGACGCCCCAGAACUGCAAGAGUACAGGCGUGAGAGAGAGCGUGAGAGGGCCACACGACGACGUGACCGUUUUAUCGCAACAAACCUCCCGGAUGAUGAUCACGUACCGUCUCAACCACAAUCGCAAAGCGGCGCACAAUCUGAGUGCACGGUUAUAGCGGCGCGUGCGGGCGCGUGCGGCGUAACGCGUGCAGUCGUGGCGUUGCGUGGAAGACUGGCGGCAGCGCGCGCCGCUUGGAGGACCGGCGGGGCAGACGGGCCUCGUGGGGGAAGGUUAGCGGCAGAGGGUGCGGGACAGGCCCGUGCCCACAUGUCAGUGGGUCGUUGCGCAGUAGGCGCGGCCGCUUUGGGCUCACGCCUAGUUGUAUGCGGCGGUUACGACCGCGUACGCGUCUUACGUGCCGCCGAGACUUACGACCCGCGUACGAACGAGUGGACGCCUUUGCCGGAUAUGAAACGCGCGCGCGCACGCUUCCCCGCGGCUCGCCUCGGUAACGCACUCUACGUGUUUGGCGGCUCCGAUGGACAGACCGAGCUGGACUCUGUUGAUGUCUAUGAGGAGAAUGACGCGGGUGGAGGUGCGUGGCGUGCUCGCGCGAAAAUGCCUUUAGCACGUUCUUAUGCGGCCGCCGCAGCGGAUACGUCACGCGGCGCCCUGUAUGUGGUGGGCGGCUGGGCUGGUGGCCGCAGCCUACGAGCUGUGCAUCGCUACGUACCUGAUACCGAUACAUGGAGCGAAACGCCCCCGCUGAACACCGGCCGUUCGCAAUGCGCAGGCGUCGUGUGGGAAGACGCUUUGUGGGUGUUCGGUGGCUGUGAUACGUGGAACUGCAUCGCUUCAACGGAGACGCUGUCGCUGAAAGACGAAGGGGCCGUUUGGGUUGAAGGUCCGCCAUUGGCAACCGCGAGGCGUUCGGUUGGCGCGGCGGUCUGGCGAACGCACGGUGUUGUAGCGGGCGGGUCGGCCGGUGCAGCCUCUUUGCGGGACACGGCAUUCUUGUCCCGAGGAGAUGCUUCUUGGAAAUCGGGACCGAUGCUACGUCGCCCACGAGCCGCGCCUGCACUAGUCGCUCUCGACGAUGUUUUAUACGCUGUGGGUGGUUUCUCCGGCAAAGAGUUCCUGGCUUGCGUCGAGUGUCUGUACGAAACAGAUGGACAGUGGACUACUCUCUGCUCGCUACCGGCGCCGGCCUCACCUCUUGCGCUUGAUGACCAGCUGUCCGUACACAUGCAAAAGGAGAUCGUGCCGCAGGAGAAUGGAUUAAGCCCUCAGUGACGUCACGCGCCUCUUCACCACACAUUCCAAGCGCGGCCGCGCAUUUAUCACUGUUAACAGCAUUUACCUCAGAGUAACAGUUAAGUAACGGGGCGUUAAUAUUUUAUACUUAUUUCUCACUAAAUUACAAAAAUAGGCUUUCGAUUUAGUUUUAUAAUAUUAUUAAUUUCAUCCGUCUCCACUAUCUAUUUGGGUCUUAUGUUCGACUUCCGGGUCGGGCCGUAAUUAAAAAACGUGUGUGUACUUAUGUACACGCGUUAGAAAUUAUACUUCUUUGGCGUAAC